AUGCGAGCAUUAGCUACACAACUUAAUACAACUUCCAUAACCCAUAGGCAACCCCAACCUUCUUCUAAUCCUUCACCUAGUAAUCACCAACAUCAAGUUCCUUCUAUAAUAGAAUCAAUAGAACCAAUUCACCCUAAUGCAGUUGCACAAAAAAAUAUUGUAGAAACAAUCAGUAAAUUAGAAGCAGAAUUAACAGAAUUAAAAACAAUAGCCACAAUAGCAACCAACCCUCAGUGUUCUAGAAACCUUAGCUUUCAAAUAACUGAAAUUCAAAAGAAUAUUACUGAAGAACAAGAAUGGCUUAAAAAACUCAAAAGACAUGCAUCUAAUCAGCAAAAAUCUCAAGAAAAAAAAUUAAGAGCACUUAAUAAAAAAAGUAUUGUUAUAAGAUAUGACUCUCCUAGGGAAGCUAAUGCACAAAGAAGACACAAAAUUAUUAAGGUUAGAACCAUACAGCAUCUUCGAGAUACUUUAGAAGACAACUACAACAUAUAUAUGUCUCAUACUAGUAUGAGAAACUACAUUUUACUUUGUUCAAACUGUAGCUUGACUUUUAGAACCCACCAUCAUCCCACUUUUAUUGGAAUUGCCAGCAUUUCAAGAGAUGAAAAGAAGAAUUAUGUGGAUGAGCAUUAUUGUCUUGCAUUCGUGAGAAAUUCAAAACAGUUUGCUCUGACUUUUGCUGACUUUGCUAUAGUGCUCUUGCAAGAUAAUAAAGCAAAAGUUUUAGUCAGCAUUCUAGCAAUAGAAAAACACUUUUGGACUAUGCAAUCUAUCAAUGAACCAGUAUCUGUUUUGGAUCAUGAUUUUCCUGUUGGCACAUCACAAAAACUAAUACCAUCUGUCUAUUUAAUGAUAAAUCUUAAAGAAUCAAAUGAAUCAUUACAACAUGGACAGUUGGCAAUCUUUAUUAGAGCUCGAUGGCAUAUUAGUUUAUCAUCUGCCUCACAUAUAACAGAUAUUAUAUCUCUAUCAGCAUACAAUCCUGUAAAAAGAAGUAUGGCUAUGCUUUUAGAAAAAAUCACUGGAAUUAUAUUAAAAAUUGAUCAAUUUGGAAAUCAUUUAAACUCAUAUAGUGAAGUUUGUAAUUAUAAAUUAGGACUUCAUAACUUUCAACAUGCUGGUCAAACUCUUGCGAAUUUAUGGAAAAAAGAUCCUAUUAAUAGAAAACCUGUUUAUGUUGAGUAUGUUGAUGAGCAAAACGAUCUAUGCACUGAAGUUAGAUUUACAACACCUAAAGAAACAGGCAUGCAAGAUCUAAAAGAGAAUGAUUCACUUGUUCCUUGGUCAUGGAUCGAAUCUCAUUCUAGUGAUGCAGCUGCAUUUUUAGGUAAAAGUAAUGGUUUUUUACCUCUAGUGACUAAAGGGAAGGAUGGACAUUAUCUUAAUGCCAUGCAUAUGCUUCAAUAUUUUAAUAAUCUAAAAAUUCCUGCAUAUGAUGCGCAUCUUCCCUUUCUUUUAGCUGAAGAUCACUCAAGACGAUGUUGCAAAAUAUGUAAUAAAUACUUUCCUACUACUGCCAUGCUUGUAAAACAUAAAAAAACUAUUCACUCCAAUAAUCAAGCUCGAAGUCUAAAUCAAUGGUGUCAACAAACUAACUCAGCAACCUUGGACGAUUUUUCUUUAUUAUCUUUAUUAUCUGAGAUAUGGCCACAGGUUGUAAUUAUGCAGUCACAAUCUCUCUCUGAUAUUGAAUAG